GUACUGAUAUGUGACAAGGUGGAUAGCAUCCUGGGACGGAUUCUGACGGAGAACGGCCUGAAGGUGACCUACGAGCCGGAGAUCACGCCGGCCCAGCUGUCCGAAGAGAUAGCCCGGUUUGACAUAGUGAUAGUGCGGAGCAGAACCAAGCUCACAAAGGAUCUGAUAGGCAGGGCCAGUAGGUGCAAGAUCAUCGCCCGGGUCGGUGUGGGCCUUGACAACGUCGAUCUUGACGCGGCAAAGGCAGGCGAGAUCCGCGUAAUCAAUGCCGCCGAGGGCGCCAUGACCGCGGUGGCAGAACUCGUCUUGGGCCUGAUGCUGGGGCUGGCAAGGCAGGUUCCGCGGAUGGACCGGGCAAUGCGGAACGGCCAGUGGCUGAAGAAGCAGGCUGCGGGAUCCGAGCUGAAGGGCAAGUACCUGGGCAUAGUGGGGCUUGGAAACAUCGGAAAGCGGCUGGGGCGGCUUGCCAGGGGCCUCAACAUGAACAUCAUAGGCUACGACGUGGUUCCCGUGGACAAGGAGUUCUCCCGUGACGUGGGCAUGCUCAAGACCGAUCUGGAUACGCUUCUCCAAAGCUCGGAUUACAUCUCACUGCAUGUGCCGCUGCUAAAGUCGACAUACCACAUGAUCAACGAAGAGAAGCUCUCCCUGAUGAAGCCCACGGCAAAGAUAAUCAACACAUCCCGGGGCGGGAUAGUUGACGAGGAUGCGCUGUACGGCGCGCUCAAAGACGGGAGGCUGGGGGGAGCGGCACUGGACGUGUUUGAGAGCGAGCCUGCGACGGGCCACCGGCUGACAGAGCUUGAUAACGUGAUCCUGACACCGCACAUGGGGGCCCAGACGGUCGAGGCCCAGACACUGGCUGCAAACAUCGUGGCAGAGAAGAUCAUUCAGAUUCUGAGAGGGGUAAUCUAG